UCGACAUAGAGAAAUUUGAUUGCAACCCGUUUUUUAUUGUACUCAAAAUUGCACCACGCCUCCCUCUCUCUCGGUUUCUCUCUCUCUCUCUCUCUCUCUCUGUUUUCUUCAUUGAUGGAGAAAUUGGCUUCAGAACAGAGAGAGGCCAUAACGUGCACUGAUGAGGAUCUUAAGGAGCUAAAGGGAUGCAUAGAACUUGGUUUUGGGUUUGGCUUGGACGAAGACCACAAGCUCUGUGGGAUGCUUCCUGCUCUCACUUUGUAUUAUGCGGUGAAAAGGCAGUAUCUCAGUUGCAACUCCCACCCUUCUUCUUCUUCUUCAAAUAGUGAACCCGAAGUAGCCAUGGUUACAGUCUCUGACGAUUCACAACUGACGAAGACCAGGCUGAAGCAUUGGGCGCAGGCUGUUGCUUGCUCCAUUAUGCAGUCAUACUAAGUGGCUACAAAUCAAAGGUUUCUCCUUUCAAUAAUUCAUUUUUCCUUGGAUUAGUAUCUGUUAAUUUUCCAUAUUUUUGUAACCGUGUUGCUUUUUGAGGGAUAUAAAAGAAAGAAAAUAGAUAUAAGAAGAAAGUGCAUU